AUACCUUGUACGUCCAUGUCAAUAGGUAGGCGUUUUUGCGGGCAGCAACGGAAAGAACUACCUUCGUCGUACAUCCCAUCCCAUCCCCAUCCUAUGUACUUAGAACACUUGAGAGCCCCACCAUGAUGGGCAUAAGUCAGGACUCCCACAAGUUUUCAGAGAGAUCUUUUUAGUUAGACAUUUACCAAAGUCUGGCACAUCAUAUUAUCAUCACCUCUUAUUCUUCUUUUUUCUCUCUCUUCUCCUUUUCUUUUCCUUACCAAACAUCAUUCUUGGGGGCCAUCCCUCGGCCCAGAUUUUUCACAGACCUUUUAUUUUUUUCGUACUGUAAAGCUUUUAAUUUGAACCCAUCCUUAUCUAAAGUGUAUCCCAUAGUCUUUGGGUACCUGGAUUGCCAUGACAACCCCGAUCGACGCAGUCAACCGUAGACUGGAGCAGCCGCAAGGCAGCUCCAACAAUAUAGCCGAACGUACCGAUGCCGCUGCGAAACAUUCAGAGCGUGCGCCAGCUGUACGCUUCUCAUCCGUAGUUGACGAGAUCGACCCUCCUAUUGCAGUGUUUGGUACUCCGGAAUACCGGAGAGAUAGCAUAGCCAACCCCGACCUAAUAAAGGCUUUGACCAACUCGAUCCACGGCGCUCAGCUUCAGGAGCAACGGCUGCAAAAUUAUUCGUUUGAUCCAGUUUCGCUUCCUCCUAGUAGGGUGGCGUCCAACGAGACUACGCCUGGCGCAACUCCUCAGCACAGCCAUAGCCCCAUGAGCCAUCCUUCGCCCCGAUUGAGCCCUAAAGCUCCCGAGCUGGUAUCACCACCACUAACGCCAGCCGGGACUUCCGGGGCAGAUUCCUCUACUAAGAGCGCAAAGUCGGUCCGAAUUUUAAGUUCCGAUGGAGGCUUUGAUUCGCAGGCCAUAACACCGCAAGCUUCAGGGCAAGAUUCGAGGCCUGUUUCACCACGAGUGGGUCUACCUCAUCGACCUGCAUCCACUGACAACAUAUCACAACGUUCGACCGCGGUUGACGACCAAGAUGGCGGUGCUCGUUCGCAUCGGAAGGGCAUGUUCAGUAUUGGGGGCCAAUCCCUACCUGUAUCUAGAGAAUCCAGUCCAUCGAGGAAUGCCGCAUCUCAAUACUACUCUCGACCUUUUACGCCUCAGGGAGAUGCCAACGAUCCAUAUGCCGCAAGCAAACGGCCGAUGCAGAGCAAGGCUGGCGGGAAUAUCGACCAGAGAUUUGUCUUCUCUAGAAAGAAGGGUCGCAGCUCUCCCUCCUCUUCUACGACCAACUUGACAAAGACCGAUAGGCAAGAAAAGCGACUCUCUGGUCUCUUCGCGAACAAGAAUAAAUCCGGCGAACUCCAUCCGACGGGCACUGGGUCUACUACACACAGUACCCAUGGAUCCAUGUCGGAUCUGAAAAGAUUUUUCAAGGUCGGAGUUGGUCACAAGUCGAAGAAAUCAAUAUCCCCGUCUCCUUUAGGCUCUCGACAAUCUCAUCAAGUUCCCUUUGCCGAUGACCAUGGCUUAACAUCCAAGUAUGGGAAGCUUGGCCGAGUACUUGGUUCCGGCGCUGGAGGCUCUGUUAAACUCAUGAAAAGGACAGAGGACAAUACCGUUUUUGCAGUGAAGGAGUUUCGCCCCCGGCAUUCGUACGAGACCGAGAAAGAAUAUGUCAAAAAAUUGACGGCCGAGUUCUGUAUCGGAUCCGCCCUACAUCACGGCAACAUCAUCGAGACAUUGGAUAUCGUGCAAGAAAAGGGGAAGUGGUAUGAAGUUAUGGAAUACGCUCCUUUUGACCUAUUCGCCAUAGUCAUGACAGGGAAGAUGUCAAAGCCGGAGAUUACCUGCUGCUUCCUCCAAAUACUUAGCGGUGUAACCUAUCUUCAUAGUUCCGGCCUCGCUCACCGAGAUUUGAAGUUGGACAAUGUCGUCGUUAGCCAGCAUGGUAUUAUGAAGAUCAUAGAUUUUGGCAGCGCCCAUGUGUUCAGAUAUCCUUUCGAGUCAGAACUGGUAUUGGCUUCUGGUGUUGUUGGCUCUGAUCCGUACCUUGCUCCGGAAGUUUACGAUGAGCGCAAGUACGAUCCUCAGGCUGUGGAUAUUUGGUCUCUAGCUAUCAUCUUUUGCUGCAUGUCGCUCCGGAGGUUCCCUUGGAAAGUUCCACGAUUGUCAGAUAAUUCAUACAAGCUAUUCGCAGCAGACCCAUCCCCCGGCCACGAUCCCAAGAAGCUGAUUCUUCCUUCGAGAUCAACGAACGACCUCUCGAGCAUUCCACAACGUGACAUAUUUACGGAAGAAUCGAAGCAGCAAAAACCCAAGGGCACUGAGUCAUCUACGACUGGAGGCGGCGAUGGCAAUGCUCAGGAAAAGAAAGAAGUCAUUAGAGGACCGUGGCGUCUAUUGCGAUUGCUUCCCAGAGAGAGUAGGCACAUCAUUGGGCGCAUGCUAACAAUAGACCCAAAGAAACGGGUUCAAAUGGCGGAAAUUCUGGACGAACCUUGGGUAUCGGACACGGUCAUUUGCAGGCAGGUCGGCCACGGACAAGUCAUUCAUGCAGAGGAUCACACACAUGUUCUUGAACCUCCCGCACCACCUAGCAAGUAGGGGCGUGUAGAGGAGCGGGUGGGUGUUCAAUAGUGUAUUUGGAUCAUAGGAGGGGGGAAGGGACAGUCUUCCUCGGAGUUUGUGGAGUUUGGCAUUUUCUCAAAUCAUAUUAUCUUCAUCGGCAUAGUGGGAGGGGGAAAGGGGGCCAACGCAGAAGGGUGCAAACCGUACAGGUUCAUAGCGGAUAUAGAUUAGAGUAUAUGCGACUGUGUAUAGAGAGAUUCAGGUAGAUUUAUUGCCCCCCCUUUUACGGCUGUACCGUUGUCACUACCGGCGGUCUGUCUACUAAUGCGAUGUAUUUCGAUUCUAUGUAUUUAUUGAGGUUGGUAUAAUUUGAAACACUUCGAUAAUACCGCAAUA